AUGGUUAGCUUUACUUCUCUUGUUGUCGCCUUAGUUGGCAUCGCCAGCUCCUUGGCUGCUCCAUUGGAUGAAUUUCUUAGCGUAAAUAUAACUGAACGUGGACCUCACGACUUUGUCUUGGGAGAACACAAUGCUGUUCGUCGCUCCGCUAUAAACUAUAACCAAGACUACACCACUGGCGGAGAUGUUGUCUACACUCACACCAGCACAGGAUUUGCGGUUAACUGGUCCUACCCAAAUGACUUUGUGGUGGGAGUGGGCUGGAGCACAGGAGGAUCUGCACCCAUCAAGUUCAGUGGUAACUUUGGUGUCGGUAGUGGAGUUGGCCUGCUCUCUGUCUAUGGCUGGAGCACUAACCCCCUUGUUGAAUACUACAUCAUGGAAGAUAACUUUGGCUUUCCCGCCAGCGGCACGGUGAAAGGUAGCGUCACCAGUGACGGAUCAAGCUACACAAUCUGGGAGAACACACGUGUCAAUGAGCCUUCCAUUGUUGGCACGGCGACCUUUAACCAGUACAUCUCCAUACGAAACUCCAAAAGAUCUAGCGGCACAGUCACUGUUGCAAAUCACUUUAAUGCGUGGAAAUCGCUGGGAAUGAAUCUAGGCACCAUGAAUUAUCAGGUUGUCGCUGUAGAAGGCUGGGGCGGCCAAGGUGGCGUGCAACAAACUGUCUCUAACUAG